AUGACUAUGCAACCCAUUGUGGAAAAUCGAACUUUAACUUUAUCGAACAUCUCCAAUGAAAUCUAUGAAAUUAUACCAAUUAUUCGACCGGAUUGGAACGCUUCGAAUACGCGUCUAGUUACAUUUACUGAAGGUAUCACCAAUUCGAUUUUAGGUCUUUUCAAUACUCGCACACCGGAUGACGAAUCUGAUGCAUUAGUCAUCAAAUUAUUCGGUGAACACACCGAAUUAUUCAUUGAUCGCAAUGCAGAAAUUCAUGCAAUGAUGAAAUUAUCGGAGAAUAAAGUUUUAUCUCAACGUGUCCUAAUCCAAUUUAAGAAUGGACUUAUCUAUGAAUUUGCAGCUGGAAAAGCAUGUUCGAAACAAGAGGUACGAGAUGAACAUAUUUCCAAAUUGAUCGCCGCUAAACUCGCACAAUUUCACAAUGUGCCUUUGAAAGAAACAAAUGAAAAACCGUAUGUUAUCACGCUGAUACACAAAUUUAUUCAAUUGAUUGACGAACAUCAAAUUAUCGAUAUCUCUCAGAUCAAAUCUGACGUGAAAAUAAUCGAACAAGUGAUUCUUCCUGAUUUAGUACCGAAUCCUCAAAUAGGUCAAGAUCUUGUUUUUUGUCAUAAUGAUUUAUUAAUUAAAAAUAUCGUUUAUGAUAAGAAAACUGAUACAGUAUCAUUCAUCGAUUUUGAAUACACACAUAUGAAUUACGCAUUAUUUGAUAUUGCGAAUCAUUUUGUGGAAUAUGCUGGUGUUGAUGAUGCGGAUUUUAAUUUAUAUCCAACACGUGAUGAGCAGAAACGAUGGUUAAAAACUUAUUUUCAGACACGUGGAGUGUCGGAACAAACUAUUGAUGAUAAAUUAUGUCAUCUAGUCGAUCAAUUCUCUGCACUUGCGCAUCUUCUGUGGGGACUUUGGUCUUUAGUUCAAUCGCGGGUUUCAUUAUUAGAUUUUGAUUAUACUGGUUACGGGAAAUUGAGAUUAGAUUGUUAUCAAAAUCUAAGAAAAAUUCUUUUUGAAAAUGUAAAACAGUGA